AUGCCACUGAAUUACAUUCUUGCAGUGGAAUUGUUCGAUGUAUGGGGGAUAGAUUUCAUGGAACCCUUUCCCUCAUCAUAUGGAAACAAUUAUAUUCUAGUGGUAGUAGAUUAUGUGUCUAAAUGGGUAGAAGCCAUAGCUUCUCCUGCCAGUGACGCCAGAACGUUUGAGAAAUUGUUAAAGAAAUACGGAGUCAACCACAAUGUUGCGACACCCUACCAUCCUCAGAGAAAUGGACAGGCUGAGAUUUCCAACCGGGAGAUCAAGGCAAUAUUAGAAAAGACAGUAUCUAGCUCUUGCAAGGACUGGUCGUUGAAACUGGAUGAUGUUUUAUGGGCAUACUGCACUACUUUCAAGACUUCAAUUGAUACGACCCCAUUCCGACUGGUGUAUGGGAAGCCGUGUCAUCUCCCGGUGGAGUUAGAACACAAAGCCUACUGGGCAAUAAAACAUCUUAAUAUGGACUUGAAGUUAGCGGGGGACAAAAGGAAACUCCAAUUAAAUGAACCUGAUGAGUUGAGGAUGGACACCUACGAACAUGCCAAAUCCUACAAAGAAAGAACCAAGAGAUGA